AUGGCAACAUUAAUGGCAACAAGUAACAACAACUCGGACAUGAACAUGACUGCUGUCAAUCCAUUGGCUAUGCUAGCAGCGCAAUGUAAUAAAAUUCAAUCAUCCAAUACAACGAUUAAUAAUAAUACAUCAACACAAUUUUUAUUACCAUCGGCAACAACAACAUUUAGUCGACCUAAAAGUCCACCAUUAUCACCACCGAAAACAAGUUUUUAUGCUUGGAAAAAAUCCAUAACAACAAGUCCACCUCUCUAUUAUCCAUCAUCAAUGAAUAAUACAAAUCAUCCUCAUAAUUCUGAAAUAGCUACAUCAUUGGCACGUAUUAGUCAUUAUGAAAAUUCUUUAUUAAAUGGUAAUGGUCAUUUAAAAGAAAACACAACAAUACCUCCACCACCAUCACUUCCAUCAUCAUCAUCAUUGUCGUCAUCACAAGCAGCUUGGUUUGAUAUUCAUCAUCAUCAUCAUCAUUCAUGGUUUGGUGCUAAUCAAACACCGCCCAUUUUGAAUAACAACAUUGAACAACAACAACAACAACAACAACAACAACAACAACAACAGCAACAGCAACAACAGCAACAGCAACUAGCUCUUCCUCCACCACCACCACCUCUGUUUUCUACAACACCUAAUAUUCAAUAUUCACCUCAUGGACAUCACCAUGCCCAACCAACACAUUAUAAUGAUUUUCUAUCUGUUGGUCAUCAAUACGCAGAUUCAUAUCGUCAUGAAUUUCGUUUACUUUAUCCAUCAGUUGUUCCAUCAUCACAACAAACAACAUCGUCAUUAUCACAAUCAAAUUUAUCGUUUCAAUCUCAUACACCAUCUCCACCUUUAGUUCAAGCAACAACAUCAUCACCAACAAUAAACAAUUCGAACAGUUCACCAAAAACUACAAUUUCAAAUAAUUUAACAAGAAAUGGUAAACAACCAAAAGCCAGUCGUGCUCAAUGUGAUUGUCCCAAUUGUCGUGAAGCUGAUCGUUUAGGCUUCGUUGCUGGAGCUAAUUUAAGAAAACGAAAUAUUCAUAAUUGUCAUAUACCAGGGUGUGGUAAAGAAUACAAUAAAACAUCACAUCUCAAAGCUCAUCUACGUUGGCAUACAGGGGAACGACCAUUUGUUUGUAAUUGGUUAUUUUGUGGAAAACGAUUUACUCGUAGUGAUGAACUCCAACGACAUUUACGAACUCAUACAGGCGAAAAACGAUUUGCAUGUCAAGUUUGUGGAAAACGUUUUAUGCGUAGUGAUCAUCUUAAUAAACAUGUUAAAACACAUUCGAUAAAUAUGAAUGGCAGUUUAAAUGAAGAGAAUCGAAUGAAAAAUCUUGAUUCUGAUACAGAAGAAACUAAUCGGGAUCAUCAUCAACGUCUUCCACAUCAAACAUUUCUUAAUAUGCAUCAUCAACGAUUCAUGGUUGCCGAUAUAAAAACAGAGCCGAGAAUGACCGAUUAA